AUGUUCAGCAGUUCUCCUUCUUCCAAAAAACGAACGCAGUUGACGGGGAAACGAAGGUCACAGGGCGGAACGAGCGGCUCAGGCUCGAGCGGUUCCGCCCUUCCUUCACAUCCUCGAAUACCGACACUCUCUCUGACGGACGACUGGAACAUCGGUACUCUCUAUCUUCCACCGAAAUACCUCCUCGCUUCGCUAGUAGCAGGAGAUGCGAUUGCUCAAAGAUCUGGUCAUACACCAGUUUUAACAACAGACCACAUCUUCUUUAAGCCAACUCCAGAGGACGGAGUCCUCCAAGCGGAAGUUGCAUCCCAACUCUGGUCGGCCUCCUAUGAUCCAACCUAUGUAGGCUCAAAGCAUUCCGAAUUUGUUGGUAAAUUCGAAGUUCGUCUACGUCUCGGUACCGAAGCUGAACCUACCAUGAGAAAUUACUCCCUACCUUCUGGGUAUUCAAGAGGUGUGGUCCGCUUACCGGGUGGAGCUAGCCUUCGAAUCUGGGGAGAAACCAUUCCCGAAGGGACUUUGAAGAGGACAACACUUACCGUCCAAUCAACUAAUGAUGGUAGACUAGUUAAUCUACAAACAUUGACCGAACUUGUUGAUAGUGGUGGAGUUGAGGUAGACUUCUGGCCUGUGAUGCCUGGGGAGAAAGAAGUUGAAGUUUUAAGUACUUUGGACGAGCGUCCUUUCAAGUCUACCAUUCGCAUGGCCGGUCUAGUGAGAACGAGUGUGGGAUUACAGCCGGGAUACAAAACAGGAUCUGAGAUUGUCGAUAAGAUCUUGGACGAAUCAAACUGCAUACAUCAUGCCUUCAGAAUUGCCCUCUUGCCUCAACUCAUACUGACCCUAGGAGCCGGUCCAGAUCCUGCAGAGGCAAGAGCUACCAAACGAGCUCGUACCGAUUUGAAGGAAGAUGGGAAACAGAUGAAUGAAGGGGCAAAAUGGUUGUUAGGUAAGAUAGAAGAGAUGGAACGUGCUUAUCAGAAAACAAUAAUGGCCACUACGUUGAUUAUGCGGUACAGAACUUCUUGUCUUCGAAUAGGAGUAAAUUCGGAGAAUAUACCUGUUCAUCUUGUGAAACGGUUGAGAUCGUCUUGGUCAACUUAUGAAUCUCUUAGAAGACAUGUAGAGUCAUAUAUGUCUGGAAAUAAUCAAUCUUCAUUAUCUAAACUUGCCCCUAUCCCGCUUACUGGUCCAUCUUUAUCCCUUCUUAGAACAGGUACAACAACUAUCAACGCCGCUUCUCCUGUUCCUUUAUCUCAAGUAGCAUCCAAUGCAUUCGAUCCAACCAAACCUCAGACCCCACCACUCCCGGCACCAACUUCACAACUUCUUCCUGUUUCUCAACCUCAACAUACUCUAGAUCUUACUUCUUCGACUCUAGAUAUACUCUCACAACCCUCUUCUUAUCCUCUCGAUACAGACACUAUCGAUUUUUCUGAUGGACAACUAUACAUUGGAUCCGAUAAUGAUCCUCCAAUAGAUUUAUCAAAUAUAGCUCUGAGCGAGUUGAGCGCUUUCAUGAAUGGCGGAGCUUUUGGUGAUAUACCAGCGGAACCGACAGACGUGGUAUCUGUUGAUAUGAUUUCAAAUAUUGGUGGAAAUGGAGAACAACAAGAAGGGGUAGUAAAUCAGACGAACGAUCUACUAGCUUUGUUGGAUAGCAGAGGAGAUGAAGGAAUGAUAGAUCCUUUGAUAUCUGCUUUACCUACUGGUGAUCCUCAAGCGGAUCAACAACAACAUUCAAUAGAUCUUUCAAUUCCACAAUCUGGUGCGAAUGAUGGGCAUGGAACACAAAUGGACAUUUCCGCACUAAUGGGUCUUUUCGAUAGUGAAAUUUCUAAUCAACAAACAGAAAUACCUCAAGUUCCUACCGAUGGACAAGGUGCCACGGUGGAAGAAGAUCCGGAGAUCGUUCUACUUCCCGGACCACCUGGAGUUCAUAUACCAGAGGAACAAAUACAACCGGUCGAGAUGGAGGGAGAUUAUCUAGCAGGUAUCGAUAUGGACGAUCUACCAGGUGUCGAUGGUGAAGAAUUUAGAUCUUUGUUGGAUAAUGCUUUCAAUUGA